AUGAUCAAACUUACUUUAUCAAUAUUGGAUAUAGUUCAAAUAGUCAAAGUUACCUUUUCAAUAUUGGAUACAGUUCAAAUAGUCAAACUUACUUUAUCAAUAUUGGAUAUAGUUCAAAUGAUCAAACUUACUUUAUCAAUAUUGGAUAUAGUUCAAAUAGUCAAAGUUACCUUUUCAAUAUUGGAUAUAGUUCAAAUAGUCAAACUUACCUUAUCAAUAUUGGAUACAGUUCAAAUAGUCAAACUUACCUUAUCAAUAUUGGAUAUAGUUCAAAUAGUCAAACUUACAUUAUCAAUAUUGGAUACAGUUCAAAUAGUCAAACUUACUUUAUCAAUAUUGGAUACAGUUCAAAUAAUCAAACUUACCUUAUCAAUAUUGGAUAUAGUUCAAAUAGUCAAACUUACAUUAUCAAUAUUGGAUACAGUUCAAAUAGUCAAACUUACCUUAUCAAUAUUGGAUACAGUUCAAAUAGUCAAACUUACCUUAUCAAUAUUGGAUACAGUUCAAAUAGUCAAACUUACCUUAUCAAUAUUGGAUACAGUUCAAAUAGUCAAAGUUACCUUUUCAAUAUUGGAUACAGUUCAAAUAGUCAAACUUACCUUAUCAAUAUUGGAUACAGUUCAAAUAGUCAAACUUACCUUAUCAAUAUUGGAUACAGUUCAAAUAGUCAAACUUACCUUUUCAAUAUUCGAUACAGUUCAAAUAGUCAAACUUACUUUAUCAAUAUUGGAUAUAGUUCAAAUAGUCAAAGUUACCUUUUCAAUAUUGGAUACAGUUCAAAUAGUCAAACUUACCUUAUCAAUAUUGGAUAUAGUUCAAAUAGUCAAACUUACCUUUUCAAUAUUCGAUACAGUUCAAAUAGUCAAACUUACUUUAUCAAUAUUGGAUAUAGUUCAAAUAGUCAAACUUACAUUAUCAAUACAUGUAGUAUGUUAG